CUUGUGUUUAAACAAUUCUAUUCUGUUAAUAAUUCCAUUUGCUGCUGUUCCAACAGAGUCCAACACACACUUGCUGUUUGAUCUCAGCAGCUAAAAAAUACAUGCAGGAAAUGGUUUGUGGGAGAACAGAAACACCGGCCAGCUGCUAUAAAUAUUCACUGUAGACCUCCCAACCGGAGUCCAGGUCUCGUGUUAUAUGUCAUGGGCCAAACUCAAAGAGGCAGAGGCUCUAGAUCACAGACCAGGCUACUGCUGGUGCUCUGAGCUCGUUUUGAGUCUUUUUCAUCAUCCUGCUUCCUUCAGAGGUUCCUGGCAAAAGUUUUCUCCUCAACUGCAGCCGGGUUCACAGCAAGUAGACAGUCACAUGAAAGAGAGCAGCUCAACAGCAGGAUCCUUCUGUAAAGGGAAGUAUCUGACAUGUCUGGUUCUGCUGGUGAGAAAACUGGGACCCAGGCUGAGUUCCUGACUGUCCCCAGCAGGACAACGGCAACCAUCCGCUUGAGAGACUUAUAUGAUCCAAAGCCUCAAGCUCCCAAAGCUCCUGUGCGGAUUCGGCCUCCAGCUCCAAGACCUAACAUGUCAGUAAAAGAAGAAGAGGUGAAGCGCGUAGCCAGCGGUCCACCCGCAAAGACAGCGAUGAGGAAACGAGCUCAGUCCCUUCCGUCAUGGUCGGAAAAUAAAAAAGAGCUGAGGAGGAUUAAAGUACGCUUCAUGGAUGCGCUGGGUCUGGAUUUGGAGGAGGUAAAAGUCUUCAGAGUUGAGGACCACCCCCAGGUACCACAACACGUAAUGUUCCGGCUGAUGAUGAACUCGGAGUUUACCUUUGGGAAGGCGGCAGAGCUGAGUCUGCCUUACUUCAGACCAUGUUUCCCAGAAAAUCUGGGGGCUCAUCCGGACUUUCUGAAGCAUCUGUACUCUCAGAGAGUGUGUCUGGAGCAGGUGGUGUGCUCAGAGCUUGGAAUAACGGGUACCGUACAAGUUCUCAAUUUAGAUUAUGAAAAAGAAGUGAGGGCACUCUUUUCCUUCACCAACUGGAGGUCACACAGGGACACAACAGCUGCCUGGGUAUCAGAUGCACGCUCAGGAGACACGGAUGUCUUCAGGUUCCAUCUGCCUGUCCCAACCUUCCUUUUGCAGCCAGGAGCCAUCUUGGAGUUUGCCAUCUGCUAUCGUGUAAAAGGAUGUGAAUACUGGGACAACAACAAUGGCAACAAUUACAAACUUUCAUGCCAUAGCUACAAGGUGAUGGUGCCAAGAGAGUGUGAGGACAGCCUGCUGCAUUUCACCUGAGCAGACACCUGGAGGAGCUGUACCACUUGGAAACACAGAUGUAGAUAAAUAAACAAACUCAGUGUUGAAAUGAGAGUAAAAUGGAUCUGUGCUCUGGACAGACAAACAAAAUAAACACUUCACAAUAAAGAAACAAGCCACAUAUGAAGGUUAUGUCCCCUACUUAGAACUGGACUUCCUGUCUCACAGAGGACACAUUAAAGGUCUAUGAUGCUAAGGCUGACAUGUUCUGAAAGCUUUAUCGCUGAUGUAUAGUUAGAACUUCAGAUCUUAAACUAGACCAGAGAUGAGAGAGAUUCUUCUGUUCUUUUAUUUCACUCAAAGCGGGCACGUAUACUUUUCCAUUCUGGGAGGUUUUUCCAGAGAUAGAGCUCUGCAGGAACUCGGGCAGCUUGUGCUACAGUAAACUGACCUUUGACCUUGUGUUUCUUUGUUUAGUUCCAAGAGGUGAAAUCUUUGCUCGGUCCUGGAUCAUAGACAGCUCUGACCUUUGGCUGCAAUGCUUCCACUGAUAUGAGAGCACAGAUUCCUAAGCUGUUUCUGGCAGUGAAGGACAACCUUCUGUCAGCAUCGGACCAGCUAUUUAAACGUGAUGCUAGGUGUAUCCGCUUCCACACACUGGUAUUACACCACUUCCUUGUCUCAAAAGACCCCCAUCCCUGAUCUUGGCUUGACCCUAGACCAGCUGUGUUGCAUAGAAAAUAAAACCGGCCUUGUUAUCUUGGACUGAAAAGAAUUCCCCAGUUGAGACCUGGAAAAGCAGAAAGAUGGAGCCUCCGGAGUAUGUCAGCUAUUAUAUACAGCUAAACACUACCAAGUCAUCUGCCAUAUUUAUGGAUGCAGACCAGAGCAUCCUCAUCAUUUAGUUCUAUAGCACCUUCCACUACCUUUCACAAAUCACAAUAAAACCAAGACUGACUUGUGCCUCAACGAGAAAAGGCUAACUGAUAAAGGCGUGUCUCUAAACGAGACUUAAAAGACUGGAGGGAUGGUGCCUCCCUCACAAGAGAAGGCAACACCUUCCAGAAGCUUGGGGUCACCACAGAGAAUGCACCACCACCCCUAGAUUCGUAUCUAGAGCGUGGCGCUACCAAGAGUUCCCUGUCUAGGGAACGCAAGGCCCUUGGGGGGUGUAUCUAUGGAGCAGUGAGGAGGGAUAGUUGGGUGCAGUGCCCUGUAGGGCCUUAUACACGUACAGCAGGAUUUAAACUUAACCCGAUACUCAACUGGGAGCCAGUGAGGUUGGUCCAGUACAGAACUAAUAUGCUCCCUCCUCAGGCAGACAGGAAGAGACUGAACAAGCUAGUUAGCAAAGCUACCUCGGUUCUGAGCUGCCCACUGGAUACAGUUGAGGCAACGUGUGAAAGGAGGAUGCUGGGGAAGAUGACCUCCAUCUUAAAAAAACCCUCCCACCCACUGCAUUCCACUGUGGAGACCAUGGACAGCUCCUUCAGAAGCAGACUGAGACAUCCCAGAUGUAAAAUAGAAUGCUACCGUAGGUCAUUCAUCCCCUCAGCACUGGCAUUAACCUAGUUCACAAUAACACCAAUGCAAUAUUCAAUAUGAGUUCAAUACCGGAUUGACAUCACAUGUCCGUGUCUUUUGUGGUAUGCUGCAUAGUGUUGGAAGCCAAGUUUUUUCCUUUUUUAUUUGUGGGUUUUAGUGUUCAAAAGUUACAAUUCUAGACUGCUGCCUAUGUGUAUGAAUACAUGUUCCUUUGUUCCGUAACAAGUGAAUUUACCCACUGCGCGAUCAAUAAAGUCUAUUCUAUUC